UGUGCUUCAGAGACGCAGGUGUUCUUCAUGAAUUAACAAUACUAUGGGACGUUCUGGGAUGCUGGUGAAGUAAAGAGCAGCUAUGGACAGCCCGAAAGCACUGGAUGCUCUUCCACAGCUGAGCCAAGAAAAAAUCCUGGAAAUUAUGCAGAAGGUGAAGAACAAAGAACUGAGCAUUGAGGAAGCCUUAAAUUUUGCCGAAAGAGAGAAAAAUGUAGAAGAAAAAGAGGAGAAGCUGCUGCCAUGCUUGGCGGAUCCUCGGGACUUGCCAAACGGUGGCUCACAAUUCAACUUCAGUGUCUACAAGUAUAAGCACUACCGGUGGCAGAAACGAAUUUUGCAGAUUGAUGUGAACACAAAGACCAUUUUUAACAUUGAGAAAGGGAUAAUCAAAAAACAGUUCCCAUUUUCCCAAGUGAAAUCUUGUGCCUACAGUGAAGGGAAGCGGUUCAGGAUUGGAUUUCAUGGACACCAGGAUUAUGAACUGGAAGCAGCAUCAGUGGAAGAUAAAAAGAAAAUAACACAUCUGGUGAGUACGAUUAUAGAGAACCAUGCUUGCGGAACCUCUGCAGAAAUGAGCUGUGGCCGACCUGAUGCUUGUGAGGUGAUUCAUGAAGGGCUCUUGGAUCUGCAGACAGAGAUGGCGACCUCCAUUAAAUGGGUGAAACACUUGGUGCAGCUCCGAAAACAGGAAUUGAGCUUACAUUGCAUCGACCAAAACAAGAUGGGGGCAACGGUUCCUGAAGUGAAAACAGUUCACUUGUCAAGGGGGGAUGCAAUUGUCAGCAAGGAAGAUGGUGCUGGUACUUUCUCACUUCAGACAAAGGAAGCCAAGUACCUAUUCCGAAUACCCUUUACUGUCCAGAACAAGAAAUUAGAGGACAUUUGCAAGCUGCAGAGUGAGUGGUUAACGCUCAUAGACAGAUACUGUUCAGUGAUCAAGACAAGACCAUUGACUCAGGAUGGUGCCUCAGGAACGGCAGAUGGGGAAUUUCACAAUUUAAAUGGAAGGAAGACAGAAGAGGCCUCCUAUCCCACUGUAGCCCCACGGCCUAGGGUCUUGGAUCAUAGCCACCAGGAAAACUCAUGUCCAUUUUCAGCAACAACUCAAAUUCCUGUAAUGACAAAAGAUACAAUCACUCUACCUCCUUCUCCCAAGUCACCCAACUUACCACCAGUUCCAAUGAGAACCAAAGUUUUUCACUGGGAGGUCAUUUCUCAAGACAAGAUUCAGAAGUCUUUAUGGACAUCCUGUCACACGGGCAAGAAGAACAUAGAUGUGACAAGACUUUAUGACCAAUUUCGCAUUCAGGACCUGACAGGAUUUCAUGGCACUGGACCUUCAGUGACUCAACACAUUAUGCUUAACCAAAAAAUUGCACAUAACUUCAACAUUUUUCUUAAAAGUUUCCGCAUAAGGCCAAGCCAGCUGAAAGAAAAAUUAUACAUUAUACAUGAAGACAGUGGUGGACUUAGUGAUGAGCAGAUUACAGCACUAAGAAGAUACCAGCCUACUUUAAAAGAUAUAGAAAUGUAUCAGUCUUUCAAAGGAUCUCCUUCAGAACUACACCUGGUGGAUCAGUUUAUGUUAGAAAUCUGUAAAAUACCUAACAUAGGACAAAAGCUGGACCUCCUGCUUGCAGUCCGUGAACUUCCAGCAUCCAUGGCAGAGCUGGAGCCCCUUAUCAACCAGAAAAUUAAUGCAUGCAAGCAGCUACAGGACAGCCCAAAGUUUGUUGCUGUGCUGGAGUAUAUCUUAACUAUGGGGAACUACUUGAAUGAAAAGGCUGGGAGAGAGAAGACCAGAGGGUUUCGGCUCUCUUCAUUGACCAAAUUAUCAUUGCUGCGAGGUAGGGAACAGAGCUUCACCUUGCUGCAUGCCCUUGUGGAGCAGAUCUUUUUACACAAUCCUGAUUUGGCUGAAUUUUCUCAGGAGUUGACAGAAUUUAAAACUGUAUCUGGAGCUUCCAUCAAAGGUCUCAGUGCUGAAGCUGAAGUUUUACAGAAAGAAUUAAAAAGCAUUGUUGAGUGCAGAAGACAAAUCAAACCCAAGGUUAUCAAGGCAGGGACAUUAGAGUCACAGUUCUACAAAGAACUAAAGGAUCUGAUUCAGAAGUAUGAAGAAGACCUUUCUCAGCUCUCUAAAAGUUGUGCAGAGAUGAAGAACGCCUACCAUGACAUCCUGAUAAAGUUUGGAGAAGCAGAAGAUCAAGACUCUGAAGAAUUUUUUGGUUGGAUUUCGACAUUUAUCAGUGAAUUCAGGAAGGUCUUGCUGGAGAUUAUGUCAUGAGGGUGGGAAUGGAAUCAUGAACGGUGAACCUUUUUGCCAUGAUUGACAGUUGAGUGAUGGUUGUUGUGUUAGUUGUGGAGCACACACCCUCCAGAAGCCAACUUGACAAACAGGUCCCCACAAGCCUGCCCUGAUUUGACAUUUGCUAAUAAAUAACCACUCUGAUUCCCUUGUCCAUCUUUCUCAGAACAAGUCUUUUGGUUUCAGGUGGAUAUCAUGAAAAUGAGACAUUGCUAGAAAUUUGGAAACUGAAUGGCAAAACAUUCAGGCCCUGGAUGGAGGCCAUGUGUAGGUGCUCAGGGAAGCAAAACAUGAGGGCAAUGCCUGGAGGAAUCCAUGUGAUUGGGAGGCCAAACUAUAGCUGCUUUUCGGCAGGGGCACAGUUAAGUAAUUGUAGACUCUGGACAAUGGAAUGGGGAGGGGGCUUUUGAUGUUAAUGUAUACUUCAUUCAGCCUGCUUUUGAGGCCCCCUCUAACUGAGGGCCAAGCUACACAUGACGAAUGACACUUGAACGGCAAGUGGAUUGAGUGGAGGGCAAGUGAACAGGGAGAAAUACACUUGCCAUUCAAGUGUCAUUCGUCAUGUGUAGCUUGGCCCUGAGCCUGUGAAAUCUGGACUUCAACCCUUAAAUCCCUCCUGGGGACCACCAUUGUUUUUAGGUCCAGAUUAACCACCUGCCAUUCCAGUAAUGAAACUCCAGUGACGUGUAGUUUCACUGGGAGUGAACAUAUCUAAGAGAUAGUUCACUCAAGACGUAGCAGUUGCUGGGUUGGACCCAAUGAUCCAUCUGUGGAAAAUCCUGAUGCUUAUAGAUCUUUCCCAGCCUCCACUUUAGUAAUAAUAUAAUAAUAACAACAACAUUUGAUUUAUAUAACGCCCUUCAGGACAACUUAAUGGCCUCUCAGUGCAGUUUACAAAGUAUGCUAUUAUUAUCCUCACAACAAAACACCCUGUGAGGUGGGUUGGGCUGAGAGAGCUCCUAGAAGCUGUGACUGACCCAAGGUCAACCAGCUGAUUUUAAGUGGAGGAGUGGGGAAUCACACCUGGUUCUACAGAUUAGAGUCCUGCACUUGUAACCACUACACCAAAGUGGCUCUCCUUUCUGACUUUGUAAAAGUUCUUUCUUGAGGUCUUGGGGACCAUUGAGGACUAACUGCUAUGGGGGUCUGGAGUAGGGAGAGGGUUGCCAAUUGAACACAGUCAAAAUAGUGAAACGUGUUAUUAUAUCACCUAUUUUAUAAGGACAUUUGUUCUGUAUUUUAUCUAAAGUCCCUGGCAGAUCCAACAAAUUUUAUAUAUCCCACCUCAUCAUAAAUUCUUCUAAUGGAACCAUUUCCAAAGUGGCUAAAUUCUGUACUUUGGCUUGCUUAACAUGAAAGCAGGGGCUCAAAACCUUUUAUUAAUUAGCAUGUUUUACCAAAAUUAGAGUAUAAUGAGACUAUAAAAUGUUGUCUGGAUAUAGACUUUGUAUUUGUGCGUAGACUGUGUUGAUAGAUUGAUGUUGACUGAUUUUUAAUUCGAAUAAAUGGAAAUAGAACUGUAAAAAAAUGUGGGUCAGGGUUGCUGCAGAGGGGAAGGGGAAGGGGAUGAAAUCCAUCAGCUGAGCUGAACUGAAAGAAGAGAGAAAAGUAGGCGAUUUUACCACUUUUCCUCCUCCCUAGGGCAGCCCUAACAACCUGUAUGGAUAUUACUACUUGCAGGUUCCACAACCAUGAGAAUCACCUUUCCCAAGGUUGGUAAAAAACUGCUGGGUGGGGGCAGGAGAAACCCACACAAUCUCUGUGUCUUCAGAUUGCUAGAUCCAACCAGUGUCUGACAGCCGAGAUGCAAGAGCUGCCAAACUGGAUAUUUUUAAAAAAAUGUGUGACAGAAUUUUAUACAUUUAAUCUUAAUGUCUUUCAUUCACAAAAUUUAGAAAAUUUUGAAUUCAAUUAUCUUCAAAUUCUGACAUCAGAUUUCAACUUCAAAAUCUGAUUUAUCCAAUAUUGUUUCAGCAAUAAAGUUAUUUGAUUUAUAGCAUCCUCAAGAUGUUUGUUCUUGCAAAUGUGUUUUUUAAAAAAUCACAAACAUCAUCAUUCCUCUUCCUCCUCCUCCUCCUCCUCCAUCAUCAUCAUCAUCAUCAUCAUCAUCAUCAUCCAUCAUCAU